GUAAGAUCGAAACAGGUAACAUUCAACGUCUGCAUUGCCCAAUAAGGUGCCUGCGGCACCAGUGCUAUCUUGUUACCAAAUAACUGCAAAUGGUCUAAUUCAAGCACUAAAAGGUGUAGUUUAUAUAAGGCUGCGUCACUCUAGAUAAAAUGAAGAGAAGCAAUCGAGUUUUAAGCUUAAUACUUACAGUUCUGUAUCUAAUAACACGGUCAGGAUCUAAUCAAGAUGUAAAUUGCUCGAAGAAUUUUGAAAACCACCAUCUUUUGAUAACAUGCAUAAGUAAUGAAGACGUGAAAGGUUGCAAUGCCAAAUUUGUAUUGCAAUACCAAGAGGACAAAGAAAACAUGGCUCCAUCUGUUAGCUGUCAAAGCAUAGAUGCUACGACUCUAUUAUGUCAACAAAGGGUUCAUCUACGGAUUCUUGGUAUUGGAAAGUACCACACGUAUGCAACAAUAUAUCCUGCAGAUCAAGAUUGUUUUGUGAAUCAAUCAAUUAAACUUCCAAUAAGUAUUGAUUAUCCAAAAAUAACACUAGAGAACUGUUCACUUAAUGAAAGUGAAGAAUUUCUUGCACAGUGCACUUGCAAAAGGGUUGACGAAGCUGAAAUAGAAACAUGGAUUACUUUACUAAUCAAUGAUGUCCCGCAAUUAAAAACAAGUAAUUCUAGUCUACAUACAGAAUUUCAUAUUGAGGAAUCGGCAGAAGUUGAAUGUAAAGCAGAGAAUAUUAUUGGAUGGAAGUCCAACUCAGCAAAUGUUAAAUUCAGCAGACGCCAAAACAAUGAGAACUGCUUAGGAAAUCUUGUAACACAGAUAAUGUAUACUUUUCUGGCACCAUUGUUGAUAUUAUUUGCGACUGUCUUAUAUAUAGAUAAAGUGUUUUCACAUGCUGAAAUUGUCGGAAAUCCACCUCUUGAAGUUAAAGCAUAUAUUGUGAACCCUAAUGGAUAUCAAUGUUGCCAUUACUAUGCGUUUUAAAGUACGCAUACUCAAGUUGGAAUGAUGUGAAGCCUUUCAAAAAAAAUGUUUUAAACAUAUUAAACAUUUACCUUCCAUAUUAAAUAAAUAUUCGCUCAAUGCAUCUAUGUUUAUUUUUUAAAAUCUAUUUUGAUUCUCAUAGACUUGUUGUGUGCGUGGUUGAUUAGUUUAUAAUAGUUAAUAUAACUGUAAAAUACAAUAAUUACAUAUAUUUUGUAUUUUUUGAGACAGUCAGUGGUUAGUAUUAUACAUUUUUUUCAAUAUAAUCAUUGUUUAAAAAAUAAGGUUAGUUUGCUUUAACGUUUCUUAGAUCCAUUGAUUAAAAAAAAGUCUCUUUCCACUGCUGUUUACACGACACAAACAGUGUAUUAAAGAAAAAUACAUUUUUUUCAAACCGGAAGGCUGUAGGUGAAGUAUAUUUCAUUUGUUUCUUUCCUUAACGAAAGUCACGUACCUAUCAUGGUUGAGUUCACUCAAGAAAAUGUUAGGCCUCUAGACAAGAACUCGAGAUAUUCUGGUUAGAAGUCAAAAGCUCUACCACAUUCGACCAAAUCGUCCUAUUCAAUGUUGUAUGUAAACCUUUCUUUUUUCGUGGAUUAUUUAUUUCUUCAAUUGAAUUAUUUAUUUAGUUUUCUCUCAAUUUGCUCGUCAUAUUUUUUUGAUUCAAUGAAGAUCUGGGAUUAUUUUUUUAUCUCAAACGUUGCUUAUUUGAUGAUGUAAAAACUUAUUAUGUUUUAAUUUUAA